AGGACAUAUCAGUCAUGUAUGACAGGAUAUUUUGACCGAUUUAUUGCAGACGAAGCGCACCACGUCAAAUCAAUACGAAGUCGCAACCACCAAUCACUGGCGCUUUUGAAAGUGAAAUUCAAAUGGUUUCUGACAGCCACACCUAUGUGGAACAGAGCGAUUGAUCUAUGCGGCUAUCUUGUACUUCUA